AUGAAAGUGAUGAUAAUAUAUCUCAGUUGAUCAAUUAUUCUAAUGAAAGCAAUAAAGAUAACCUAGAAUUUAUGCAUAUUGAUAACAAUAAUUUUUUAAAUAUCAAAUUAGAAAUUAUAGCUAAAAAUCAAAGUGAAGAUAGUAAUUAUAAAUAUUUAACAGAAUUAUUUGAUAGUUUUUAUAAAACUGAAAAAAGUGAAGAAGAGACAGAUGAACCUAAAAUGAUGGAUAUUUUAAUUCCUGGCAAAAAAGAAGACAAAGAAAAAUUUAAAAAAUAUGAAGUCAAAAUUUAUACUCAAGGAUCAACAACAAAUUUUCUUUAUGUUACCACAAUUAGAGUAUUAUUACAAAAUUGUAAACCUAGAUUAAAUGACCAUAACAAUGAUCAAAUUGAAGUUGAAAUUAAAAAUAUAAAUUUUGAAGAUAUUACUACAAUAUUUGAUAAUGAAAAAAUUGUUAUUGAUUACGAUUAUAAUGACGAAGUAGAAAUUACUGCAAAUUCUAAAAAAGUAAAA